GCUGCUACUGGCUGCUACUGGCUGCUACUGGCUGCUACUGGCUGCUACUGGCUGCUACGGGCUACGACCAGCGGUGCCCGAUGAUGUAUGUCGCUCUCGCUGCUGCGUGAAGAGACUGGUCGCUUCGACAUCACACGGACAUCAUAUCAUGCCACUUUUGUUCAUGCUUCAUGCUCUCGCCUUCUCCACAGCGAAACUCAGAUAAAUCCUGCAUCAUCUUCCCCUUCGCUGCUUUGUCUCUGUUUUUCUCUUCACUGAACAACCAACCCAAAACAAAGACAUUGUAUAAAGCAAGCAAACAAUAGUCUCGCUUUCUGAGGGCUAUAUUUACUCACAAUACGUUGUGUUGUGCCGAGGGCAUUCACUUCAUCAGACACACCUAAACACAGCAUUUAUAUUUCUCUGAAACAUUAAAACAUAACAUUAACCGACCCUACAACACACCACUUCAUACGCACAACCCACCGUCACCAUGAAUUCCCGAAUGGAAUUCACGGAGCGGGGCAAGAAGGCCUUGGAAGAUGCCAUGGCCCUCACCGAGCAGUAUGCUCACUCACAGCUCCUCCCCGUACAUCUAGCCGUCUCACUUCUCGAUCCGCCUCCCGACCUGUCCAAGGACCAGCAGAACAACCCUCAACCCACCUCGAGUCUCCUACGACAGGUCGUGGAAAGGGCCAAUGGUGACCCUCAGGCUUUCAGCAGAGCGCUGAAGAAGACAUUAGUCCGCCUGCCAUCCCAAAAUCCACCUCCCGAGAACAUCUCCAUGUCACAGUCUUUCAACACAGUCCUAAGGAAGGCGAACGAGCUGCAAAAGACACAAAAGGAUUCCUACAUCGCCGUGGACCACCUCAUCAGCGCAUUGUCCGAGGAUGCUUCCAUCGCCACGGCGCUCAAGGAAGCCAAUGUCCCUAAGCCUAAACUCAUCCAAGAUGCCAUUGUGGCCAUUCGUGGAACAAAGCGGGUCGACUCGCGCACCGCUGAUACCGAGGAUGAGAACGAGAAUCUGGCUAAAUUCACCAUUGAUAUGACUGCUAUGGCGAGGGAAGGAAAGAUCGACCCCGUCAUAGGGCGAGAGGAAGAAAUCAGACGAGUUAUUCGUAUCCUCUCACGUCGAACCAAGAACAACCCGGUUCUGAUCGGUGAACCUGGUGUUGGUAAAACGACGGUUGUCGAAGGCCUGGCUCAGCGAAUCGUCAAUGCCGACGUCCCUGACAACCUCGCGGCUUGCAAACUCAUGUCCUUAGACGUGGGUGCUCUCGUCGCUGGAAGCAAGUAUCGUGGUGAAUUUGAAGAGAGAAUGAAGGGUGUCCUCAAGGAGAUAUCUGAAGCUAAAGAAAUGAUUGUUCUCUUCGUCGACGAAAUUCAUCUGCUGAUGGGUGCUGGAGCAACGGGAGAGGGCGGUAUGGAUGCUGCUAACCUUCUGAAGCCAAUGUUAGCCCGUGGCCAACUUCACUGUAUCGGUGCUACCACCCUUGCCGAGUACCGGAAAUAUAUUGAGAAAGACGCCGCUUUCGAACGACGAUUCCAACAGGUGUUGGUUAAGGAACCAAGCAUCCCUGAGACCAUCUCUAUUCUGCGAGGUCUGAAGGAGAAGUACGAAGUUCACCACGGUGUUACCAUCGCAGAUAGUGCCCUCGUGUCCGCUGCCAAUCUCGCUGGUCGUUACCUCACUUCUCGCCGUCUUCCCGAUUCUGCAGUUGAUCUUAUCGACGAAGCUGCAGCCGCCGUUCGAGUCGCCCGAGAGUCUCAACCAGAAAUUAUAGAUUCGCUUGAGCGACGGUUACGGCAGUUGCGAAUCGAGAUCCACGCCCUGUCGCGAGAGAAGGACGAUGCUUCUAAAGCACGUCUUGAAAUUGCCAAACAAGCUGCAGAGAAUGUCGAGGAAGAACUGAGGCCACUACGCGAAAAGUAUGAGAGCGAAAGGAAGCGCGGCAAGGAAAUUCAAGAGGCGAAGGUCAAGCUUGAUCAGCUCAAGGUCAAGGCAGAAGACGCUGCUCGAAUGGGUGACCAUGCUCGAGCCGCUGAUCUUACAUACUAUGCAAUUCCCGAACAAGAACAAAAUAUCAAAAGGCUCGAAAAGGAGAAGGCAGCUGCUGAUGCCGCACUUAGUGCGAACCCUGACAAUCUCGGUAACGCUAUGAUAACGGAUAUUGUGGGUCCUGACCAGAUCAACGAAAUCGUGUCUCGAUGGAGUGGCAUCCCAGUUACGAGACUCAAGACUACGGAGAAGGAGAAACUUAUACAUAUGGAACGCGCUCUUGGUAAGACCGUGGUCGGCCAAAAGGAAGCGGUCACGGCAGUAUCCAACGCGAUACGGCUACAACGCUCAGGUCUCAGCAACCCGAACCAGCCGCCCAGUUUCCUGUUCAGUGGACCUUCGGGUACUGGUAAGACGUUGCUCACUAAAGCACUUGCCGAAUUCCUGUUCGAUGACCCCAAGGCAAUGAUCCGCUUUGAUAUGUCGGAGUACCAAGAACGUCAUUCUCUAAGCAGGAUGAUUGGCGCGCCUCCUGGAUACGUUGGACACGACUCUGGUGGUCAACUUACUGAGGCUUUGCGCCGAAAGCCUUUCUCUAUUCUCCUCUUUGACGAAGUAGAGAAAGCCGCCAAAGAGGUAUUGACAGUUCUCCUGCAGCUCAUGGAUGACGGUCGUAUCACUGAUGGCCAAGGACGCAUUGUCGAUGCCAAGAACUGUAUCGUGGUCAUGACUUCCAACUUGGGUGCGGAGUACCUUGCUCGCCCUGCCGGACGAGACGGAAAGAUAGACGAUGCAACUCGAGAGCUUGUCAUGAAUUCUCUGCGGAACUAUUUCCUUCCGGAAUUCCUGAAUCGAAUUAACUCGAUCAUCAUCUUCAACCGUCUCACAAGACGCGAAAUCCGCAAGAUUGUUGAGCUCCGACUGAGCGAGAUUCAGAAACGGUUGGAAGACAACAACCGCAAGGUUACAAUCGAAACAACGGACGAGGUGAAGGACUACCUAGGCAACGCCGGCUAUUCCCCAGCCUACGGUGCCCGACCGCUCCAGAGACUCAUUGAGAAGGAGGUCCUGAACCGUCUGGCUGUCUUGAUUCUCCGUGGUGCCAUCAAAGACGGAGAGUCCGCGAGAGUUGUUCUUGUCGACAACAAAAUUCAAGUACUCGCCAACCAUACAGACAGUGACCUUGAUGACGAAGAAAUGUUAGUUGACGAAGAUGAUGCUGUGGACGAUAUCGCCCCAGAAGACAUGGAUGAGGAUAUUUACGAUUAAGAUCCCAGGAUUUGGAUCCGAUCGACAAUAACGAGUAAUGGUAUAAUGUGAAGGCGUAGAAGAGGAGAAUUUGGAGUUCUAUGGAUAAUUUGUACUACGGUAGAUAAACCGGUCAUAUGUAACCGGCAGGUACCCUGCAAUGGUCAUGAUACCACCAAAUAGCAAAUAAUAAAGAGUAUAUAUUCUUUAAA